GACAUACAAAAUACUGAGGGGAAUUGACAAGGUGGACAAAGACAGGAUGUUCCAGAGAUUGGACACAGUAACAAGGGGACACAGUUGGAAGCUAAAGACACAGAUGAAUCACAGGGAUGUUAGGAAGUAUUUCUUCAGCCACAGAGUAGUCAGUAAGUGGAAUAGUUUGGGAAGCGAUGUAGUGGAGGCAGGAUCCAUACAUAGCUUUAAGCAGAGGUAUGAUAAAGCUCACGGCUCGGGGAGAGUGACCUAGUAGCGAUCAGUGAAGAGGCGGGGCCAGGAGCUCGGACUCGACCCCCGCAACCUCAACUAGGUGAGUACAACUAGGUGAGUACAUGGUUUACAGAUGUAGAAUUCUGUAAUACAUACACACUUGGUACUUAAGUUAAUAUUUUGUUGUCUCCCCCAUAACCUUGACGACCAUUUGAAGCCGUUUGAGCAUACAUUCACUCAGUUUCCUGGAGUAAUCAGUUGAUAACUGGCUAACCCAAAUGUUCAUCAUCUCUUGUUGCAGGCACAAGAUGGAUAAAAUGUGGCGGGAUUCCAUCUUCAUUUUCAUGAUAUUCCAGGCACUCUCAAUAGGAUUGAGGUCUAGACUAUUCCUUGGCCCACUGUAAUAACCUCAGUAUUUUUCUCAGCGAGCCGCUUGGUUACUUUUUUUGGCCUUGCGACAGGGAGCACUAGCAUAUGUGUAGGUGGUGCCGCCAUGAAUUUAGAAAAUAUUCACCAGGUGUCCUCAAGAACGGUGAUGUAGUGGUCAGCAUUCAUUGUAACCUUAUGGAAAAGGAAGUAAAACUGCCAUGACUAAUGUAAACCACUAAAGCAACCCCAACCAUGAUGGUAUGUAGAUGUACUUUACUGUGCUCACUGUAAAUGCAGGGUUAUACCUUCUGAUGGAGGAGGAGUACCUUAUCCUUCUUUGAUGACCUUGAAUGCACCAAAAUGUGGAUUCAUCUCACCACAUGACUUCUUUUCAGUCAUCAACUUUCCAAUGUGCAUAUUACCUGGAAAACUGCAGACGUUCCUUCUUAAUAUGGAGCGAGAGUAGGGUUUCCCUGCAGCAUGGCGACUUGGCAGGCAGAGGUCAUUUUUGCAUGAAGUAAUGGAUGCAUCUAAUUGAGGAGCUCAGGAUGCAUUUCUUUGAGGUGUGAUACAGUCAUUUGUGGAUUUCUAUGUAGUUCUCUGCAUAGAAUGGUAUACUAUUUGUGUUUAGACAUUCUCUCGGGUCGACCAGUUUGAGGUUUUGUAGCAGGAACAGGAUUUGGUGGGAGGCCAUGGGUGGCAACAAGUAACACCAUUACACUGGACUUUGCUCAUCCAGUAUGGUGACAGAUUUUCUUUACAGUGACUUAUUCUUGUCUCCAAGCCAAUAUACUACUCAUCAUAGUGUAUACAACCCAUAUUCAUUUGAAACAAAAUUGUGGUACUAAAUACUGCUCCAGAUCUUGAGCACUUGGGAAUAUAGUAGUGCAACAGAACACCUUCUCACUGGCAUAUGCAGGCUCUCUGAAAGGUGAUACAUAUUGCAGUCUUUUGUAUUAACAGAGAGAGUUGACAGAUACCUCCAGAAAACAUCCAGAUGAAGUAUAGCAUCAAAUACGCAUUAUGAAUCUAGACUGUUUCGUUCUUUUUAUAUUGGAGGCUGCACCACCAUUAUGUAUGAUAGCACUCCCUUUAAGAAGGCCAAAAAAGUGGCUUGCUGAGAAAAAUAUUGAGGUUUUACAGUGGCCAGGGAAUAGUUCAUACCUCAGUCCUAUUGAGAAUGCCUAGAAUAUUAUAAAAAAGAUGGAAUCCUGCCACAUUUCAUCCACGCUGUGCCUGCAGCAGUAGAUUAAGGACAAUUGGGUCACCAGUUACCCAUUGAUUACUUCAGGACACUGAGUGAAAGCAUGUCCAUCCGGCUUCCAAUGGUCUAGGACAAGGGGAGAUGACAAAAAUAUUAUAAGUACCAAGUAUUGCAGUUUUUGUUCUAUAAUGUCCUUAUUGUUUUUUUUUUUUUUAUUAUUAUUUUUUUAUUUAUUAACACACUGGCCGAUUCCCACCAAGGCAGGGUGGCCCGAAAAAGAAAAACUUUCACCAUCAUUCACUCCAUCACUGUCUUGCCAGAAGGGUGCUUUACACUACAAUUUUUAAACUGCAACAUUAACACCCCUCCUUCAGAGUGCAGGCACUGUACUUCCCAUCUCAGGACUCAAGUCCGGCCUGCCGGUUUCCCUGAAUCCCUUCAUAAAUGUUACUUUGCUCACACUCCAACAGUACGUCAAGUAUUAAAAACCAUUUGUCUCCAUUCACUCCUAUCAAACACGCUCACGCAUGCCUGCUGGAAGUCCAAGCCCCUCACACACAAAACCUCCUUUACCCCCUCCCUCCAACCUUUCCUAGGCCGACCCCUACCCUGCCUUCCUUCCACUACAGACUGAUACACUCUUGAAGUCUUUCUGUUUCGCUCCAUUCUCUCUACUUGUCCGAACCACCUCAACAACCCAUCCUCAACCCUCUGGACAACAGUUUUGGUAAUCCCGCACCUCCUCCUAACUUCCAAACUAUGAAUUCUCUGCAUUAUAUUCACACCACACAUUGCCCUCAGACAUGACAUCUCCACUGCCUCCAGUCUUCUCCUCGCUGCAACAUUCAUCACCCAUGCUUCACACCCAUAUAAGAGCGUUGGUAAAACAAGGUCUGGAUUUUUUUUUUUUUUUUUCCAAGCACUGUAAAUAGUCAUUGAUACGGAUUCAGAUUUUUUUGCAUAAUCUUUGAAAUAUGUACAUUAAACUCUCUUUUUAACAGUCUGAUUGGGGGGAAGCCAUAUUUUAAAAGAAAAACAAAAGUGUUUCUUUUUAAAUUUAAUAAUUUAUACAGGAGAAGGGAUUACUAGUCCUUUGCUCCCAGCACUUUAAUCACCUCUUACGACACAUGGCUUACAGAGGAAGAAUUCUGUCCCAUUUUCCCAUGGAGAUAAGAGGAAAGAAUGAGGAACAAGAACCAUUAAGAAAAUAGAAUACAACCCAGAUGGGUAUUAUAUAUAUUUGCAUGUACAUGCAUGUGUAGUGUGACCUAAAUGUAAGUAGAAGUAGCAAGAUAUACCUGGUAUCCUGCAUGUUAUGAAACAGGAAAAAAGACACCAGCAAUCCUACCAUCAUGUAAAACAAUUACAGGUUUCCGUUUCACACUCACUUGGCAGGACGGUAGUACCUCCCUGGGUGGUUGCUGUCUACCGACCUACUACCUAGGGUCAAUAAAUUGUAGAAUGUAAAUAUCGUUGGAGCAUUUAUGCCACUGUUGCCGAUGAGUGAUAAUUUUUUGACAGAUUCAGUGCACCAUAAAAUAGUAAGUUUUUGUAAGAUUCUACUCACUUUUAGUCUUAUUAGAGUCAUCAAAAUGCACUCUUUUUAUUCUGUAGGAAUUUUUUUUUUCUGGGUAUGCCAGAGUUAAGGGGAUAAUGAAGGGUUUACUGUACUGUAUUUCAAAAAUUCAUUAAGCCUUUGGACAGUCUGGCAUAGGAUCAUUUGAGUAUUUUAUAUCUGUAUAAGGUGGAGUCAUUAUUUUUAUGUCUUGGCAAAAUUUUAAAAAUAUCUAUUAUGUACAGCAUAAAAGAUGGUACUGCACAUGGCAACAUAUAGUACUGUAUAUGUUACACUGCCAUAUACACACAUUUGUAUAUGUACGAUCUUGCAGAUGGAAAAUGUGAUAGAAUUUGAGCCUGGUCUUAAUUCAUUCGUGGACAAACUCAAAGAGAUGAGGGAGGCCUCAGCUCGUGUCAUCCUACUCUAUGCCAACAAAGAAGAUGCUGGAACAAUCUUCCACGAUGCCAGCUACAUGAACAUGACCGGGCGGGGGUACGUGUGGGUGGUGACUGAGCAGGCCCUCAGUGCCAAUCACGUGCCAGCAGGAGCCAUCGGUCUCAAACUUGUCAAUGCCUCUGAUGAGAAUGCUCACAUCACUGACAGUUUGUACAUACUGGCAAUGGCCAUAAAGAAGUUAAGAGAAGAUCAUAACACGACAGAGAAGCCUCCGCAGGACUGUAACAACACUGGUACUUCUUGGGAGACAGGCAAAAUGCUCUUCCAAUACAUUCUAGAACAGGUUUUGAAGAAUGGCCUCACGGGUAAGGUUGCUUUUGACGAAAAUGGUGACCGGAUUAAUGCCGAAUAUGAUGUCAUAAACAUACAAGAACUCAACAAUACGGGGGUCUUACGAAAAGAGCAUCUUCCUGUUGGACAAUAUAUAUACAAUAAACCGCCACGGGGUGCAGGGAAAGAGGAGGGUGGAAAGACCUUGGGCACCACUACCCCGCAGCCGCAGACGAAGGAGUCAAUGACAUUAGAAAUCAACGAGAAUGCCAUUGUGUGGCCAGGAAAUACAACCAUCAAGCCCCAAGGUUACAUGAUUCCUACCAGGCUUAAGGUCUUGACCAUCGAAGAGAAACCAUUUGUGACAACACAGAAAAUUGAAAGCAAAGCUGAAUGUCUAGGAGGUGGCCGUGUUCUCUGUCCCUGGUACAACAGCUCAGGAGAGGGUUCUGACCUCUUUUGUUGCACUGGUUAUUGCAUUGACUUGCUCAAUACUCUUGCUAAUAAAAUCAAUUUUACUUUUGAACUUGCACUUUCUCCUGAUGGCCAGUUUGGGUCUCUCCAGAUGAAUGAAAACACAGGAAAGAAGGAAUGGACUGGUCUCAUUGGCCAGUUGGUGAACCAGACACAUGGUGCUGACAUGAUUGUUGCACCUCUAACAAUCAACCCAGAGCGGGCACAGGUUAUAGAGUUCUCCAAACCUUUCAAGUACCAAGGAAUCACUAUCUUAGAAAGAAAGCAACCUCGGUACUCCACCUUAGUGUCCUUUCUUCAACCCUUUCGCAACACCCUCUGGAUCUUGGUGAUGGUGUCAGUGCACGUAGUAGCACUAGUCCUCUACCUCCUCGACAGAUUCAGUCCUUUUGGCCGUUACAAGUUGGCUAAUAUGGAUGGUACAGAAGAAGAUGCUCUUAACUUGUCUUCUGCAAUAUGGUUUGCAUGGGGAGUUUUGCUCAACAGUGGUAUAGGUGAAGGUACACCGCGUAGUUUCAGUGCACGUGUCUUGGGGAUGGUGUGGGCUGGCUUUGCUAUGAUCAUCGUAGCUUCGUACACUGCAAACCUGGCAGCCUUCCUUGUGUUGGAUCGUCCUCAGACCUCCCUCACAGGCAUCAAUGAUGCUAGGUUACGAAAUCCCAUGGAGAACUUUACAUAUGCUACAGUGAAGGGAUCGUCAGUGGAUAUGUACUUCCGACGACAGGUGGAGCUGAGCAACAUGUACCGUACUAUGGAAGGAAACAAUUAUCCUACAGCAGAGGCAGCCAUCACAGCAGUCAAAUCUGGGAAGUUGAAAGCUUUCAUAUGGGACAGCUCACGUCUGGAGUACGAGGCAGCCCAGGACUGUGAACUGGUGACUGCUGGGGAGCUUUUUGGCCGCUCAGGGUAUGGCAUUGGUUUAAAAAAGAACUCUCCAUGGGCAGAUAGGGUGACACUGGCCAUCCUCGAGUUCCACGAGAGUGGCUACAUGGAAGAGUUAGACAACAAAUGGAUUCUGCAGAACCAGGAAGACAUGUGCAACACAGAUGAGAAAGCCCCGGCAACACUGGGGCUCAAGAACAUGGCAGGUGUAUUUAUCCUGGUUGCUGCUGGCAUUGUUGGUGGUAUAGGACUCAUAAUUAUUGAAAUAAUUUAUAAAAAGCAUCAAAUUCGCAAGCAAAAGCGCCUGGAAAUUGCUCGACAUGCUGCAGACAAGUGGAGAGGGACUGUUGAGAAACGUAAAACUUUACGUGCCUCAAUGAUGAUGCAGAGAAGACUCAAAGCAAAUGGGGUUAAUGAGCCAUCAGUGAUUUGCGUCAAUGUUGAGAGUGGGUCCGGUGCUGGAUCUGGGGUAGGAACAGCGGCUGGGACGGGGGCGGGAUCUGGUGUUGGUACUGGUGCUGGGGCUGCAGUUGUGAGUUCUGCAAGUGGCACUGCUGCAGCUAGCAUUGGAGCAGCUGACCUGCCUCGCAUGCUUCCCCCACCACCGCCAGCACCUUUAGCACCUCCUUCACCUCCAGGCCUACCUCCAGAUGUGCCCCCAGCACCUCCUGCACCCCGAUGGGGCAACGACAUUCGGCAGCGCCAUGUUUCAGCUCAGGAUGAAGGCCUGCCUCCUCCACCUCCACCCCCUGCAGGCGUGGACACCAUGCGACUGCACGCCUCUUACAAGAACUUAUUCGGCCCUGACCCGCCUGAUUUGGUGGCGUGAGCAUCUACUGUAGCCUCUGUAUCAGAGGUAGCCAGGUUCACAGGGGCAAGUGAUCCUGACAGGGAGGCCCACUAUCUCCCCUCUUCAUUACGUCCACUCGGCGGCGCCCCGGGCCACGCUCCCCUCAGGCCACUGUGCUGUGCACCACCAAUGGCCUGCCAGCUGGGCCAGGGGGGCACUAACUACGCUUCUCACUCGUCAACAACAUUGUAUAAACCCAUGGACAUUUAUAGCAUGUUAUCAGUGGGUCAGAGAACCUUGACCACCCUAACUUUAAUUGUUUAUUUUGGUAAAACACAUUCAAGCCCUUCUGCAACUCCUGGUUAGAAAGCUAAAUAUUAUUUAGUUAAGGUAAGCCACACAGGAGUUAAAACAGUUGAUGAGGGAACUUGUGUGUGGUUGUAUAAAAGAGCCAGUAGACACACUCCCAUAGUACCCCGUGGGAGCAAGAGGGCGUGCUUGUUGAUCUGUUGUUGUCCUCCCAUCCUGCACCCUCACCGGGAGUCUUUUUAGCUAGGGAGCAUUAAUGUGGAGCCCUGACCAGUGUGAGGGAUGGGGAGGGGGGACUGUCUGCUCAAGCCCUCAGUAUGAGGGGAGAGUGGCAAUGAGUGCUCCCUCAGACUGUUGGUGUGAGGGGCAGGCAACAUUAAGUACCCUUCAUGCUAGGUGUGAAGGUUUCUGUGGCAGAGUCCCUCCUUAUUAUCACUAGUGCAGUAUGGAUAAAAGUAAAUUUCACCUCUUGUUAUGGGUUGCCAUGAGUGUCUUCAUGUGUGGUCCACAUAUGUGAGGAAUGGUCACCAGGUAGCGCCCUUUCAUACCACACCUAUCUGUCAUGAGUAGAUAGUUGUUCCAUCAUGAAGUUGAUAUCAAGAGGUAAACAGUAAUAAGUCCUUAUCACAUCAACUGGUGUUAAUAGCUGGUGACACUGUACACCCCUUGAUGCUGUCAGUGUGAAGUGUAGGUACCUGUAAGUGCUUCCUCCCUCCUCCUUCCCACUUACCCCCAUCACACAUCUUUCUGUUAGCCUUGUAAGGCCCUGCUAAAUAUCUGGAAUCUACAUUGUUGAUGAUACGCUUAUUAUCGUUGUGUGUUGUGACUACGGACAAGAACAGCCACACACAGACAAACAUUGGGCAUACAGUUACCUUGAAGGGCUGUGUGUUGACGACUCAUGAUGUGGUGGUCUGUUCCCGCGGUUGUUUACAUGUAUACUUAUUUGUAAUUUCUGAGGCUGAAUAUGAUGAAAUUUAAUUGAAAAAUUAAUUUUUCUACAAAAAUUCAAUUGUGAAAAAGAUCAGUUGUAAUGUUUAUAAAUACAGUAUAAUAAUGAUGAAAAAACUUUGGUAGAAAAUCAGUUGUUAAAAAGAAAUUUUAUAUAAUUAUGAUUUCUGUCAUCAAAAUUGGUAGAGUAAUAUAAUUUUUUGAAAAAUGCCACUAAUAACUAAAGAGGACAUAAUACUAGGAAGACCAACCAGCUUUCCUUUGUUUGGUCAUGUGGGCUGAAGAUGCUGGAAUUCAUAGUGCCACAAGUGGAAGUUCAAGCCCAGAAGUGUUGCAUUAAGGAGCAAUGAGCCUUAUAACACAACUACUGAAGGGUGAGAAUAACCUAGUGUGUGGCGUAGAAAGAUGUUUAGGUGUGUGUGAAUGUGUGGAUGCAUGCGUGUGUUUGUGUGUUUGAUACAAGGAUCCAGAAUGGAGCUAAAACUUAUAUUGAUGUAGCUAUGAGUUUGUGAAAGUUUUCUUAUAGUUUCAUUACCUUUGUAUUUAUUAAUUUAAAGUUUGAAAUGUUCUUCCAUAACUGUGGUAAAUUUAGUUUAAUUUGUACCAAUUUAAAAAUUAAAUAAUGUAUUCAAGUACGUAUGAUGUCCUUAUUCUGGUCAUUAAUGACUGACUCUUGACUUCAGACAAACUCUUUUGGGUCUUUAAUGGUUUUGUCAGCAUUGAAAUAAGUUCUGAGGAAAUGACAAUUAGUAGUGUGUGUGUAACCUUAUUCUUUGAUUUAAUAAUUUUUUGCAUGUUUUGAACUACUGAUGCUGUAUUAGUAUUCAGAAGGGGUGACUGGAGAUGAGUUCUUAUUACUAACUGUAAUGUGCUCAAGCUUCACAUCAUAAAAAUAGAGUGAACACCUUGUUUCAUAUACUGUAUAAAGUAAAAGCAGGAACAGACAUCUUGUGUACUUGUCUAUAUCAUAUAUAUCACUCUUUUUACUUAAUUAAAAACCGAGGCAUUUUCCUCUUGCCAUUCACACAGCUCCAGUCACCUUGUUGAUGCUUAGUACAAACUUCAUAAAACUGGAAUUACAGGUGAUUGAUUAGAUUGGUUCCCGUACUAUUCAUAAUUUCAAGUCUCUCUUUCUCUCGAUGUGCAACAGUAAAUACCCAAUCGGUGCUGAGUAGCUGUCCAUCAUGUUCUGGGUUUUUGUACCUUUAUGCAGCAUCUAGCAGAUCAUUUCCUGGGAACAUGUAUCCACACAGGGGCUGGAGACUGGUGUGGUUGCAUAGUCACAGGAACCUGUGGGGAGGUACACUGCACUAAUGUUAUGUUAAGGCAGCACUCUUCUUUAACCAGUAAGCAACUGCCAUUAUAUAAUUCGAGAUGUGUUCAUAUUGCAAUGUCACGCUGCAUGUAAUGUUAAUUGUUCCUCCUUUCAUUUGCAAUAUAUGGUACCAUACCAGAAUAAUACGGCAAUAAAAUUACUAAUGCAGUUUGUGUGCACUGAAGAAGAAUAGGCAAUAUUUUGAAGAAUAUAUUUACAGGAUGUCAGAAAUAUUUCUUACUAUAAUUUGCAAGUCAUUCAUUAUGACAAGACAAUCAAGUACCUUAUAUAAUAUACCAUUUGCUUCAAAUAAGUCAUAAUGUGAGUUUUCACAAAUUUUAUACAUUACUAUAUAAUGAAACUACAUUUUUAAUUAGAAUAAUUUUGAUGCAGUUAAUUGUAAGGGAAUGUACAGUACUUGACUUCUUCAGUAUCUCAAGGAAAACAAGACGAGCAACUUGUCUUUGCCAAGUUGAACAUUAAUGUUUGGGAACCAAACUAAACAUUCACACAGAUUCUUUAAAAUUUAAAUUUAUUGUUACUGUAGACUGUUGUUAUUGUUCUGUUUAUGCUGUGAUUAUCAAUUACGCAAUAGCUAAUUCUUAUUUAUGAGUAUAAUUCAUACCAGUAAUUAAGCUAAAUUAUUUUUUAAGUUGUUAUAGAUUAAACUUUAUUGUUCAGUUAAU